GUCGUGUCAGUCAGAGUCGCACGCAAAGUCUAGAAAAUAGCCAUCGUUCCGUCAGUAGCGAAGGAAAAUCUCCGUCGAAAAGUGUCUUUUUUUGCAAAUCGUAUCAGAAAAGUGCUGCGCCGCGAGAGUGAAAAAAAGGAAAUCCGCUGAUACUGCUGUUCUGUUGUCCCGGCGAAAGAGUGCGAGACGUGAAAAACGGUGGAGUUAUUUCGUGUGAAUUGGUUCAGCUUCGGGUAGCCCUGAUUAGUGUAACAAAAGGAUACCCACGAAUUUACGGAUAAACGAGUGCCCAAGCAGGAAAUGUCCGCAUCUGCAAUGAGUCCCGAAUACGAUUACCUAUUUAAACUGCUCCUGAUCGGCGAUUCGGGUGUUGGAAAAUCUUGCCUGCUUCUGAGAUUUGCUGACGAUACAUACACGGAGAGCUACAUCAGUACAAUCGGUGUUGACUUUAAAAUUAGAACAAUUGAUUUGGAUGGCAAAACAAUCAAACUACAAAUUUGGGACACCGCCGGUCAGGAGCGCUUCCGUACCAUAACCUCAUCGUAUUACCGGGGAGCACACGGUAUUAUCGUGGUGUACGACUGCACCGACCAGGAGUCGUUCAACAAUGUCAAACAGUGGCUGGAGGAGAUCGAGCGCUACGCCUGCGAGAACGUCAACAAGCUGCUGGUUGGCAACAAGUGCGAUCUGCAGACAAAGAAAGUGGUCGAUACAACUACGGCUAUGGAAUAUGCGAAUCAACUCGGCAUUCCAUUCCUGGAGACGUCCGCUAAGAACGCAACCAAUGUGGAGCAAGCCUUCAUGACGAUGGCGGCGGAGAUCAAGAACCGCGUCGGGCCACCAUCUAGCGCAGCGGAGGCGCCGAGUGCCGUCAAGAUUGACAAAGGCCGCAACGUUGAAGCAAAGUCGGGUUGCUGCUGAACAGGUUCUCGAGCCAGAAGCUACUACUAUUCUACUACAUUUCGUUCGUUUUGUGCGUUCCGUUUCUCUUGUACAUUUCCCCCUAGAAAAAAAAAAAAACAAACACACACCCACGCCUACACAAACACAUACAAGUGAGCAUGUGAGAAUCUUCACAUCGGGCUUCUUCUGGUACUCUCCCUCCUAGACCUACACAGUAAUUGUGCACUAUUCUACUAUCGUAUUAUUCAAAUAAAAUAUACAACUGAAACGCUGCUGCUAACUGACCCGAUAUCGGCAUUUUCGUCAGUCUGCAUUCUCUUAUAUUCAGCCGGAUCGAACGCAUAUUAAUUCUACAACCCACAGCAGAAUUGAUAACCAGUUUAGUAUCAUAAUUCAAGCCUAAAAUCUAAAUCUGUAGAGGUUCAAAUAAGGCAGAACAGUAUAAACAGUUACGCGCAGAAGAGAACGAUUGUCGCAGGUGAAAAUUAAAAAUAAAGCUAGUAUAAGAAAGAAAAAAAUAUUCAUUAGAGGAAAUACUUUUACUAGAGCGAACCAACCAAGGAAUAUAAAGGAAAAUGAAAAUUAAAUGAAGAAGAAGAAAAAGAGAAACAAAUUGGCAGGUAAUCAUCUGUAUUGGAUACAAGCAUUAAAAACAUCAACUAGGUGAAGCACAUUUAAAAUAUGCAACAUGCAAGAAAACGAGUUAAAUAAAAACAGCUAGUGAAGCGCAGUGCAUUGCCAGCCGGGGAAGUCCGCAUACGCUAUCGUUGUUUUAUCGAGCCGAAAGAAAUCAAGAAGCUGAAGAAGUCAAAGGCGCCGAAUGGUCAGAGCUUCGCGUCCUAUAGAAAGCGUGAGGAGUUUCGCCCAAUUCCACUAGCACUAGGAGCAAGAUAGUUUUACUUUCGGUCCUUAUUAUCCUCUCUUCCUUGGCUGUAGUGUGUGGUGCAGUAGGAUAAAUGGCAGGAUGGAAAUUUAUUUCCACGCUACCCAGAUAGAAGUUUUUUUUCUGUGUGUCUAUACAGUUUUAGUUUAUGAAAUCGCAAAAAAUAAGAAAAUAAUAUCAGAUGUAUUUAUAUUCAUUAUUUUGAAGCUACUCUGCAGUUAGCGAGGGGAAAAUAAAUUUAUGUUUAAAAAGGUCUUUCUACCGUUUUGAGAAUAAUUUUUAUGAAAGCAAUAUCAACCCAGGCCCGCUUUGUUUUAGUUAGAGCGCAAGAUGUUUUCUGAGCACUUAUAUUUUUUCGAUCCGAUUUUGGCAAGUCAAGGUCCAGAAAGCGAUCCGUGUAGUUGUGGUGAGAUGAAACAAAACGAAAAACAAACAAUGAGACAACAGCACACCCAAUUCCAGAGAAAGAGAAAAGUAAGGGUACAACAUAAUGCUAACAAGUCGUAAAUAAAAACAGGAAAAACUA